GUUGAUUUGCAGCAGUCUCAAGCGGUGCCAGCAGCAGCAUCAGCAUCAGCAGCCAUGGUGGAUGCGGCGGAGUGCGGGGUGAGGGUGAUGUGCCGCUUCAGGCCCCUGAACGAGGCCGAGAUCAACAGAGGAGACAAGUACAUCCCCAAAUUCAAGGAGGACGACACCGUGGUGAUAACGGCAAGUCUGGCGCUUUCGUUGCCGUGCGGGAAGGGUAAACCAUACGUGUUUGACCGCGUGCUGCCUCCCAACACCUCACAAGAACAAGUGUACGACCAGUGUGCCAAACAGAUAGUCAAAGAUGUGUUGGGUGGAUACAAUGGGACCAUCUUUGCUUAUGGACAGACAUCUUCUGGGAAAACGCACACCAUGGAGGGGAAACUGCACAACCCCCAGCUAAUGGGAAUCAUACCUCGCAUUGCCCACGACAUCUUUGACCACAUCUACUCCAUGGAUGAGAACCUCGAGUUUCACAUCAAGGUUUCAUAUUUUGAAAUCUACCUGGACAAGAUCAGAGACCUGCUGGACGUGUCAAAGACGAACCUCGCCGUGCACGAAGACAAAAACAGAGUUCCGUAUGUUAAGGGCUGCACUGAACGCUUUGUGUCCAGCCCAGAGGAGGUGAUGGAUGUCAUCGAUGAGGGCAAAGCCAACCGGCACGUGGCGGUGACCAAUAUGAAUGAGCACAGCUCUCGCAGUCACAGCAUCUUCCUCAUCAACAUCAAGCAGGAGAACAUCGAGACGGAGAAGAAACUGUCAGGGAAACUCUACCUGGUCGACCUCGCUGGCAGUGAGAAGGUUGGUGCCGGAGUAUUGCUACAGAGGUUAAGGAAAUUAAAGCUACCGAGCUGUGUGGUGUAUAACUGUUUGAGCCGGCUGCCCGAACAGGUCAGUAAGACCGGAGCUGAAGGGGCCGUGCUGGAUGAGGCCAAGAACAUCAACAAAUCUCUAUCAGCGCUGGGAAACGUCAUCUCAGCCCUUGCCGAGGGAACAAAAACCCACGUGCCGUACAGAGACAGUAAGAUGACCCGGAUCCUUCAGGACUCUCUGGGAGGGAACUGUCGCACCACCAUCAUCAUCUGCGCCUCGCCGUCUGUCUACAACGAGGCCGAGACCAAGUCCACACUCAUGUUCGGACAGCGAGCCAAGACCAUCAAGAACACAGUGUCCGUGAACCUGGAGCUGACGGCCGAAGAGUGGAAGAAGAAGUACGAGAAGGAGAAGGAAAAGAACAAGGGCCUGAAAAAUAUCAUCCAGAAGCUGGAGGCUGAACUGAACCGCUGGAGGAAUGGGGAGAACGUUCCCGAGGAGGAGCAGCUGAGCGCCAAAGACCAGAAGAACACCGAGCCGUACGACAACACCCCCGUUAUCGACAACCUGCUGCCUAGUGCAGGGGGAGUGUCUGUGUCCAGCGAGGAGAGGGGCAAGUACGAGGAGGACAUCAGCAACUUGUACAAACAGCUGGAUGACAAGGAUGAUGAAAUCAACCAACACAGUCAGCUUGCUGAGAAACUCAAGGAGCAGAUGAUGGACCAGGAGGAGGUUUGUGGACUAGUUGGGGCAGAGUUGGCGCCCACCGGUGUUGGUCUGCCUGCUCACGCUGCGCCUUUGCAGCUGCUGGCAUCGACCCGGCGUGACCAUGAGAAGAUCCAGGAGGAGCUGUGCCGCCUGCAGACGGAGAACGAGCUGGCCAAGGAGGAGGUGAAGGAGGUUCUGCAGGCCCUGGAGGAGCUGGCCGUCAACUACGACCAGAAGAGCCAAGAGGUGGAGGAGCGCGAGCAGGCCAACCUGCAGCUGACGGAGGAGCUGCAGCAGAAGACGCAUGCGCUGAUCUUCCAACAGGCAAUGCUGUCGGCGGUGCAGCGGGAGCUGAGUCAGCUGCAGGAGCUCAACGGCCUGCAGAGGAAGAGAGCUGCCGAGGUGCUUAACCUGCUGCUCCGCGACCUCAGCGACAUCGGAGCCAUCAUCGGCACCAGCGACGCCAAGGCUGCAGGGUCCUCGGAGGCCAAGGGAAACGGCUUAGCCGUGGAGGAGGAGUUCACCAUUGCCCGCCUGUACAUCAGCAAGAUGAAGUCUGAAAUCAAGUCACUGGUGAACCGCAGCAAGCAGCUGGAGAGCACCCAGGCCGACGCCCAUCGCAAGAUCCAGGCCAAUGAGAAGGAGCUGGCGUCCUGUCAGCUGCUCAUCUCGCAGCAUCAGGCCAAGAUCAAGUCCCUCACCGACUACAUGCAGAACAUGGAGCAGAAGAAGAGGCAGCUGGAGGAGAGUCAGGAUGCUCUGACAGAGGAGCUCGUAAAACUGCAGACUCAUGAGAAGAUGCAUGAGCUAGCAGGAGACGAGAAAGAGGACACCAACAGGCAGGAUGGAAACGAGGACAUCAAGACGACACUGGAGGAGCAGCUGGAGAGCCACAGGGAGGCUCAUCAGAAGCAACUCGGCCGCCUCCGGGAUGAGAUAGAAGACAAGCAGAGGAUGCUGGAUGAGCUGACACAUCUAAACCAGGGUCUGCUGGUGGAGCAGGAGAGGCUCAUGUGGGACUACGAAAAACUGAAAGCAGGGGAGCGGGAGAAGGACGCCAAGCUGCAGGAACUCGUGCUGAUGAACGAACAGAGGGAGCAGGCCAGAGAAGAGCUGAAGGGUCUGGAAGAGACUGUGGCCAAAGAGCUGCAGACUCUGCACAACCUGCGCACACUCUUCAUUCAAGACCUCACCACCCGAGUUAAGAAGAGUGCAGAGCUGGACUGUGAGGAGGGCCUGGGCAACGUUGCCCAGAAACAGAAGAUCUCCUUCCUGGAGAACAACUUGGAGCAGCUCACCAAGGUCCACAAGCAGCUGGUGCGGGACAACGCGGACCUUCGCUGCGAGCUGCCCAAGCUGGAGAAGCGUCUGCGAGCCACCGCUGAGCGAGUCAAAGCCCUGGAGAACGCCCUGAAGGAGGCAAAGGAGAACGCCAUGAGAGAUCGCAAGCGCUAUCAGCAGGAGGUGGAACGCAUCAAGGAGGCUGUCCGAGCCAAAAACAUGGCCAGGAGGGGAUUCUCGGCACAGAUUGCAAAGCCCAUCCGGCCUGGACAUCACCCGCCGUCCUCCCCCGUCUGCAGCUCCAGAGCAGGAGGUGUCUACACACACCACUGAAACACAGCUGCA